CAGUAGGCCUCGAACAAUAUUUAAUUCACGUAGUACUAAGUUUGAUAGGAUUAAUUCAUGAAGUCAGUGAUCUACUUAUCUCUAUUAGCUUCCCUGAGCUAACUCCGGCUUUCUCAGUUAAUGUUUCCACUUCCAACCAGUUUUUGCUGUCCUACUUUGAGAAGUCAAAAGGUUGCGUUUAAACAAAUCCAAAACACCAUGGAUCGAUCCUCUUCUGGUGCGAGUUUAUGAACAAUAAAAAGCCCACCAACUCCGCCAUUGUUGUUACCAGAAAGGAAAAAUCAUGGGUUUCGGAAAGGAGGAGCUUGAUUUGGUGUUGGCCCCUGCUGGGUUGAUGAUCAUGUUUGCUUACCACCUCUACCUCCUUCACAGAUACCUUCGUUGCCCUGAAACCACGUUCAUGGGCUACGAGAACAAUGACAAGAAAGCUUGGGUCCAAAGUAUUAUGAAGCACAAAGACAAGGAUGUUAUAAGCUCGGCUCUAACUGCGACCACGACCAACACAAGUGCAUCAAUUUACUUGGCAACAAUCUCUUUAACUCUCUGCUCUCUCAUUGGAGCAUGGAUUGCAAACUCUUCCAACAACCUCUUCCAGAGCACCAUCAUCUUCGGCGACACGAGGCCGUCCACCAUGUCCGUCAAGUACAUAAGCCUCCUGACCUGCUUCCUCCUUGCUUUUUCAUGCUUUGUUCAGUCAGCCAGGCACUUUGUCCAUGCAAACUAUCUCAUAAGCCACCCAGGAACUAGCAGUCCUGUAAAAAACGUGGAGCUGGCGGUUAUAAGGGGAGGUGAGCUUUGGUCGCUUGGGCUUCGAGCAUUAUAUUUUGCUCUGAAUUUGCUGCUCUGGUUUUUCGGUCCAAUACCCAUGUUUGCUUCCUCCAUUAUUAUGGUGAUAAUCCUCUAUCACCAAGACGUCAAUUCUCUUCCAUUGCAUCAGUAUGGGUCUGAGGGGAGCCAUGUGAUGAUCAAAGGGACUGGUCUGCGGGAUGUCUAAGGCAUGCAGCUUCUGUUAUUGAGCAUCAUAAUGUGUAAGGUUUAGUUGUGGUCUAAAAGUGUUCUAUUGUCUCAAAAUGAAGCACCAUUGCUAUGGAUUUUUUUUAACAUCAAGUUUUUAGAAGAAACCAAGCUCUUGUUGAUUACUA